UUGUGAUCCCGGGACCAGGCUCUCACCAAAGCCACGCCUCUUCUCCCCAAGCGUUUCUCUUGAUCCUGUACUCUCCUGUCACAUAGGAUAUUCGUUCCCUUCGAUUCUCUUAACUUCAAGGGCUCCUCGCUUGCGCUUGAUCUUGGGGCUGAUCACAUCGAUUGUUAGAGUUGCAAUCGGCUGCACACGCGAUACCGAUCGAAGCAGGUGGAAGUGAUUCUACCACUCCCAAACGACUCUCAACUGUAAUCAGAUCAGUCCAGCCUCUCCAUUAGACAGCCCCGGAGUCCCUGCUUGCGACACCCUCCAAAGUCCUCGUCCUUUAUCAGACAAUAUGUGGGGUUGGUUUGGCGGGGCAGCAGCCCAAGCCAGAAAAGAUGCUCCCAAAAAGGCCAUUCUGCAGCUGCGGUCGCAGCUAGAUAUGCUACAAAAAAGGGAGAAGCACUUAGAGAAUCAGAUGGCGGAACAAGAUGCGAUAGCAAGGAAGAACAUAACGUCAAACAAAGCUGCUGCCAAAGCUGCUCUGCGGCGCAAAAAGCUCCACGAACGCACACUUGAGCAAACAUCAGCCCAGAUUGCUCAGGUGGAACAACAGAUUUAUUCCAUCGAAGCCGCCAAUAUUAACCAAGAGACGCUCAACGCCAUGAAGAAUGCCGGACAAGCCAUGAAACAGAUCCAUGGAAACUUGACCAUCGACAAAGUGGAUCAAACCAUGGACGAGCUACGCGAGCAACACGCACUCGGCGAAGAAAUCGCCAACGCAAUCACAAAUGCGCCUAUCGGUGAACCUAUUGACGAGGCUGAUUUGGAGGAAGAGCUGGAAGGUUUGGAGCAGGAGGCUAUGGACGAGAGAAUGUUAAAGACUGGCCCGACUCCUGUCACAGGCGAAAUCAACAGACUUCCCGCUGUGUCUGCAGGUCCAAUAAGCAACAAACCCUCGACGGUCGAAGAGGACGAGGAAGAGGAAUUACGGAAACUACAAGCCGAAAUGGCUGUGUAAGCAAGGUCGAUGAAUGGAUGGCGCGGGCAACCUUGGCCUUCCACUGCCGCCUUCCUGUGACCGCAGUACUCAAUUCCGCAGGGACAACAGGAUGUUUAUGCGAGUGCCGGGAUGAAUCUCAGAUUUUGAUAUAACUUGCGUAUUGUAGAUUGGCGUUUCGAGGGCCAGGCUUGCAUUACAAUCGGUCUUGUCUUGGCGGAUGUUGAUGGUGUGCUAGAGGAAUCAUGAAUUACAACUUCAUUCACUCGAGUGCUGUCCAGCUAAGUUCUUUAUUCGUUUGCCAUGCUCUCAAUCCACUUCCUUCAUCUUCCCUGAAUGAGAUUUCUUACAGCAGUGGCAGUGAAAGUGGCCGGUUGCGUUUGUCAUCACUUCCUCUCAUCAACCGAUACUCAAAUCCACCCUCCAUUCCCUCGUCUCUUCACCAUCUACCUUGUUGCACCGGCAGCUACUUAUCAGUACCAGUACCAAA